GUUCUAGUUUGUUACGUAUUGCACGCUGCUCAUUUUUCGUUUUCUCUUUUCAGCGUCCUUCAUCAAAUGAUCCACGUAGGCCCAUGUCUGGGGGUGGCCAGCUUCUGGCGGCUGCCCCAUGUCGAUGCGGGGCCCAUGUCUGGCGGUGGCCAGCUACUUUCUGGCCCCACCGCCACCGCCCCACAUGCACCAUGCCUGACAUCCUGGUGGUCUUCUUCUGCCACCCAAUUAUCCUCUUUUGUUCCACCCAAUUAUCCUCUCUUGUUCCAUCUGGUUAUCCCCUCUUGUUCCAUCGGUGAAAGAGACUCACGGUGAAAAAGAAAGAGACUCACGGUGAAAGUGACUAAACUCCUUCCACCUUCUUCCACAAGAUUCUCUGGACAACUAUCCUCAGAUCCUUUGUUCUUCUGUCUGCGCUUCAACUGCGUCUCUCCAACCCAACCCAACCUUCGCUUGCACUUGAUGACCUUCACAUUCACUCAUUAAAUAUAUCAUGGAGGCCACUUACAUCUAUGUUAUUGCUGCAGGCGGCAUCUUCACCAUUCUCUUUCUCCUCACCCUUCGCCCACACUUCGUGCAAUUUAUAGAACACAUCGUCCUAUGGCAGUCUAAAUACCUGACGUAUCCGCAGAUCCUCCAGCGCCAUUCACAUCUUGGGCCAUGGACUCCAGCAGGAGUCGUCCUGCACACCGGAUACAUUGCAGCCAACGUUUCCUGCCUCGAGUUCUGGAAAUUGACGACCACGAAAGUUGGCUUCCGUGCUGCUAACCUAGCCCUGAUUAACAUGAUGCCACUAUUCCUCGGAGCCCAUAUUAGCUUUCUCUCAGAUCUGUUUGGCGUCUCCUUGAAGUCAUGGCGAUUGGUUCAUCGCUCGGCAGGCUUAAUGUCGUUCUCUCUCAUGCUCCUCCAUAUCCUCAUCGUGGUUGCUAGCCGUGUCAGCUUCUCUCUGAGCGUGCCGGAGAAUCUCUAUGGAUUAAUCGUAUGUCUAAAUCUUCAAUAUGAGGGAUGAUCAUGUCUGACAAACUACAGGGUGGGUCGGCGUUGUGUCUCCUCAUACUCCUCUCGAUUCCCUUCUUCCGCAAGCCCUCCUACGAGAUCUUCCUCCGUAUGCAUCAAGCUGUGGCCUCACUCGUAGUGUAUUCCAUUGUACGACAUCUCAUAUCCCAGUCGAACUUCAAAUGGAGCUAUGUCUACAUCUUCGCAGGGGUAUUCGUUGCACUGCUCGCCUUUCAAUGCGGCGUCGUGAUGUUUCGAAACAAAGCUUGGGGUCGCCAUUUCCCUCGGGCCUUCAUCACUCACAUCGACCAAACGGUGAUGAUCCGGAUGACAAUGUCUCGGCCCAUAGAAGUAAAGGCUGGCCAGUACAUCAACUUAUGGAUUCCCUCUGUCAGCUUCUGGUCUUUCCUGCAAAGUCAUCCUUUCGUAGUAACCAACUGGGCCGAUGGUAAACAAGAUACACUAGAGCUUUUCAUCCAACCGAGGAGAGGCUUGACUCGUGAACUCUUCAGUCAUGGAACUCUUGAUGAGCGCGGCUCCGUACCUCGCCUGGCCCUGUUUAGCGGACCUCAUGGAAUUAGUGUACCAGUAGGAGAGUAUGAGACGGUCCUUAUGGUCGCGACUGGCUUUGGUAUCGCCGCACAGCUGCCCUAUCUCCGCAAGCUCAUUCACGGUUAUAAUAACUGUAAAGCUCGCACGCGCCGAGUCCACUUGGUGUGGCAGCUCCAAACCUUUGAUAUUGGCCUAGCAGCGGAGUCCUUACUGAACAGUGCAUUAGCUGAUGACACCCUGGACGACGGUUAUAUCCUUUGUAUCUCAAUCUAUCUCGAGUCGGGUAAUGGGGACAAGGUUCCUUUCGGUAAACGUGCGACCAUGUAUCCAGGCACCGCAAACGUCGAAGAGAUCCUCCAAGCUGAGUUGACUGGGAAGUAUAUUAAAAGAGUGCAAGAAACACAGGAGGAGAGAGGCAAGAUGCUUGUCAUGGUAUCCGGUACAUGCAAGCUCAGAGAUCAUCUUCGAGCCCUUGUUCGUACACACUUGGACGAUGGGGUACAACUGCAGGAACUAGACUUUCAGCCAAAAUAACUGGGCUUUGAUGGCGAGGUAUAGAUGGCUUUGGAUAGACAGAACUACCUCUUUGGCAGAGUUUUAAAGGGUGUACCAUUCAGGGGUGAGAAGGCUGAAUUUAGAGUAAAUUAAUCCUUAAAUGGCUCAACCCUUCAAAUAAAAGAGAGCUUUGUUCAUCCG